AUGACAGUGACAUACACAGCUGAGGUAGCCACAUCUAAAGGCUUCGGCUGCUUCUGGAAGUUACUUCUCAGACGUGUGUUUUGGUGCAGGUGGCGGGGCAGCAUCUACAAGCUGGUGUGGCCGGAUCUAUGCGUCUAUUUGCUCGCCUACUACGUGCUGAACCUGCUUUACAGAUUCGCUCUCAGUGAUGACAACAAAUUGUUCUUCGAGCAGGUGUGCGUCUACUGCGGCAACUUCGCCGACCUGAUCCCGGUGUCGUUCGUGCUCGGCUUCUACGUGUCGGUGGUGGUCAAGCGCUGGUGGGACUGCUUCUCCGCCAUCCCGUGGCCCGACUCGCUCGCAUUCUUCGUCAGCACUUUCCUGCACGGACAGGACGAACGUGGUCGGCUGAUGCGUCGCACCAUCAUGCGCUACGCCAACCUCUCGUCCAUCAUCACCCUCCGCUGCAUCAGUCCACCUGUGAAGAAGCGCUUCCCGACGCUGGACCACCUCGUCGAUGCCGGCCUGCUGCUAGGCAACGAGCGGGAAGUGUUCGAGCAGCUGAAGACCAACCACUCGACGUACUGGAUGCCCCUGGUCUGGGCCUCAAGCAUCGCUUCGCGGGCGCGCAAGGAGGGACGCAUACGGGACGACUUCGCACUCAAGACAGUCGUCGAUGAGAUCGCCCGCUACCGAGGCAACUGCGGCAGCCUGUUCAACUAUGACUGGAUUAGUAUACCGCUCGUCUACACUCAGGUGACGACUCUAGCGGUGUACACGUUCUUCCUGGCGACGUUGUUCGGCAGUCAGGGCCUGAACCCGGAGGCCGGCUACAAGGGUCACGAGAUCGACCUCUACGUUCCAAUAUUCAACUUCCUGCGCUUCUCUUUCUACAUGGGCUGGCUCAAGGUUGCCGAGACCCUGGUGAAUCCCUUCGGUGAAGAUGACGACGACUUCGAGAUGAACUAUGUCAUCGACAGAAACAUUCAGGUAUCGUACCUUGUGGUGGACGAGAUGCACCAGAACCAUCCGGAGCUGCUCAAGGACCAGUACUGGAACGAAGUGCUAGCGCCGGAACUUCCCUACACGCUGGCGUCGAGCCGAUUCUACUGCUUUCCUCAUCAGGGCUCUACCGCGUGCAUGAUCAUUCCACCCGGACAGGCAAGCGUGGUGUCUCGGGACAAACUGGCGGGGACACCUCAAAGGAUCGACAAAAACCAGGGCCCCGAGGACGAAGAGGGUCGUUCGGCGUCACGCGGCCGCCCCAUGCCCAAACCCGGCAACGUGUCUCGUGGCGGCAGCUUGGCUGGUCCGCCUUGGCGAUGGCCGGCCGCGCCCAGCUGGGCGGGAAGGCUGAGCAGGCUCAUCGGAAGGAGAGAUUCGUCCACCACACGGGCGUCCGAGGCGCCCUCUAUGCGGAGUGACGAAGACAGCGACCGGAGGACCGAGAGUAGACCGCCCUUCUCGCCAGAGGCAGGCUCGGUCAACAGCCGGGCAUCUACGGCGCCCGCUACGCCGCGGGCCCUCUCGGCUGAUCAGGAGGAGGACAUAUUUCGCUUGUCGGACCUCUUCCUGGCUGGCUCUCGGGCUCAAUCGUCCCCAAGGGAGCCUUCCCGGCGUGCGUCGCGAGAGGGUUCAACCACGGCAGUUAGUCCUGGCCUGAACGAGGCAAGUUAA